GAUGCUGCAAGAUACGGUAGAAAUGGGUGUCACCAAACAAACGAAAAUUGCAGCGUCUUCGGUUAGUACAUGUACCUAUUGCAUCUACCGGUACCGGUACAAGAAUAAGGAAUGGCAUCGGACAAUCCAAAACCACGUGAGGUGGCAACAGCCGAACAGGCCGUCGUGCAAGAGCGCUUGGCGGAUACGACGACACCAUGGAAGAAGCAGGUUGAGGAGUUGAAAAAGCAGGUUCAGGACUUGCAGCAGAAGUUGGCGAGUUCCAACAGAGCAAAGCAAAACGCCGAGGAACGGCUCCGAGCUGCUAACAUGGAAAUUGAACGCCUCCAGCAAAAAUUAGCAUCCAUCCACCCCCCGGUUGCUGCCGAUCAUGAACCGAACCAAGGUGCAACCAACAACAGUGAUAUUAGUGUUGGUCUGAAUACAUGUAAUACAGAGGACAAAGACUUGGAUACCCUUGGUGUUAGCGUAUUCCAUUUGGAGCACGACUUUUUGGGAAGAGGAAGCCAAGUCGCAAGAUCUUCCAAAAUUUAUGACAUUGAGAAUCUGAAGGGUCCUCCUGGCAUCAUUCGCAAGAAAGGAGCUGGUGUGGUUUGUCCUUUGGAUGGACACAUGGGUGCCGCCUAUGUUCAUUGUCUAGAAGGAGAGGACCAUUUUGGAGAGGCAACUCAUAUGCUCAGCUAUUCGUGGGAUUAUUCGAUUGGAGAUAUUGUGGAUACCCUUUCUGAUUUCUGCCUAAAAAAUCAGCUUGAUCCCAAGAGAACCUAUAUCUGGAUAUGCUGCCUCUGUGUCAAUCAACACAGGGUGGUAAAAAAUGCUGCAUUGCAAAACUCAGGAAUGACAAUUCCUUCGCAUGUAGAUUUCUUCGCCAUAUUUGGAGAAAAGGUCAAGAAGAUUGGGCAUUUACUGGCAAUGAUGGCUCCAUGGAGUGCACCAGUUUAUCUCACUCGAGUCUGGUGCAUUUUUGAGAUUUUUACAGCACAUACCACCGAUGGGUGCCAAGUUGACAUUGUCAUGCCCCCAACAGAAAAACUUUCUUUGGAACAGGAUGUCAUUGACAAUGGCAGUAGCAUCAAUGCACUGUAUGAGACCUUGGGGAAAACCCAUGUUGAAAAUGCCAAGGCAUCUGUGGAAAGUGACAGGCUAGCCAUUCUCUCGCAAAUCGAGUCAGGUGCAGGAUAUCAAGGGCUGAACAAUGAAGUAAACAGCUUGUUGCGUGGGUGGAUGUUGGGUGUCAUUACCGAGCUAGCAGAAACCAGAGAAAACACCUACGAUGAGGACUAUGCAAUAUUUUGCAAUCAAGCUGGGAUUGUGCUUCAAAAGAAUGGAGAGCCAGAUGCAGCCAUGCAUCUCUUCCAAUCUGCUUUGGCUGUAUGCGAGGACAUGCUGGGUGAGAACAGCUUUGGCACCGCAACCACCUACAACAAUAUUGGCGCUGUGCUGGAAGUCAAGGGUGACUACAAUGAUGCCUUAUUGCAGUACAGCAAAGCUCUCACAAUUCAAGAGAAAGUAUUGGGUAAAUAUCACCCUGCUGUGGCUACCACGUACAGCAACAUUGGGCUUGUACUUCAAAGGAUGGGCGACUUCAAUAGUGCUCUUUCAAAGUAUGAGGAAUGUCUUGCCAUUGGUGUGUCUACGUUGGGAAGGCAUCACACAGAUGUGGCAACCACCUACAAUAACAUUGGUUCUAUUCUCUGGGAGAUUGGUGACUAUGAAGGUGCUUUGCUGAAGCACAAGGAAGCUCUUGCUGCUAGAUUGUCAGCCUUGGGGAAGAACCACCCUGAUACUGCUCAGUCGUUCCACAAUAUUGGUUCCACUCUUGUGAAACAGGGUAACUAUGAUGAAGCCUUGUUGAAAUUUGAAGAGUGCCUUGCCAUCUGGGAGCCUGUGUUGGGACGGGAUCAUCCCAACACGAAGGAAUGCAUGAAAUUAAAGCAAAUCGCAGCGGGAAAAGCACGGAGGGAAUGGUCUCAAGUGACAAUGGAGCAUGAACAAAGCAACUGGCUUGAGGAGUGGCAGGCACAAGAAGAUCCUGAGCUCAUCGCGGCAUUGGAAGCAUCCCUCUUAUCGCCCGAAUAAUCUGUGAUUCGCCAACAUCACGACAAAUCGCUGCGUCGCUGACUCAAAUCUAGGAUAGCUAGCUAGCUAGCAGUAGUAUUUGCUUGUGUAGCUCGAUCUGAUUAUCUUGGAAGCCGCCCCAGAUGCAUCCGAGAACGGACGUCACUCGCGGUUAUUCGCAACCCGACUCAACAAAAGGGUGCUGACUUGCUUGGAGGAGCUCUUGGGGGCAAGUUCGACCGAGACUAAUAGUAGGUGAUCACCCGCGACCCCAUUGAGGCCCAGGAAAUCCAACGUUUGCUCCCUGAUCUUGCUCGCUGCUUUCACCGACCCGAAUCGCCGUGAGUCGGAGUCUGCUGCUUUUGGUUUGAUGGAAACAAAGUCGAGAAGCCCGACGGAUACUACUUCGCGAGCGAAUGAUGGUCAAGUACAAGACGGGACAGGGGAAACCGGUCGCAGAACUUCAUUGAGAAAGACGGACUUUGGCUGUCAGCGAAGGGUUGACUUGUGAUGCCCCUGAGCUAGAUUUUGAUAUCCAGGGUGUCCGUCUCCUCGGUCCUCAACAGGCCAUAGGACCGCGGUGAUGUUGAGCUGGCUCGACACAUCCACAGAGAAAAAGUCAUGGCGUGUUUGCCAUAUACGGUAGGUACACCGCAGGUAGAAUAAUCGUCGUUCACAUAGAGCUCGGGGAGGUUGACGGCAACGCCUGACCAGCAACGACAGUGUUCUCGCGCCCUCUUGUUCUGAUACGAUGUUGAAAAUGAGGGCUCUGAAUAUCACUUUGUUUGAAACCUUUUG